AUGUGUGAUCACCAACAGGGAAAGGCAGCAGUAGCUAUGGAAGAAGCAAAGAAGCAAACUCAGUUUUUGAAAGUUUCCUAUCAGGUGACAAAUGCAGUCUUGAAGCUGAUUGAAAAGGAGAGAAAUGGUGAAACUAUCAACACCAGACUGAUCAGCGGUGUGGUUCAGUCGUACGUGGAACUUGGGCUGAAUGAAGAUGAUGCUUUUGCAAAAGGACCCACGUUAACGGUGUAUAAAGAAUCGUUUGAGUCACAGUUUUUGGCUGACACAGAGAGGUUUUAUACAAGGGAAAGCACUGAAUUUUUGCAGCAAAAUCCUGUAACAGAGUAUAUGAAAAAGGCAGAGGCUCGGCUUCUGGAAGAACAGCGUCGUGUACAAGUCUAUCUUCAUGAAAGCACACAGGAUGAGCUGGCUCGUAAAUGUGAACAAGUGCUUAUUGAAAAACAUCUAGAGAUUUUUCAUACAGAGUUCCAGAACUUAUUAGACGCUGAUAAAAAUGAAGAUCUUGGUAGAAUGUAUAACCUAGUUUCUCGAAUCCAGGAUGGCCUUGGGGAGCUGAAGAAGCUUCUAGAAACACACAUUCAUAACCAGGGUUUGGCUGCCAUUGAGAAGUGCGGAGAAGCUGCUCUAAAUGAUCCCAAAAUGUAUGUACAGACUAUUCUUGAUGUUCAUAAGAAGUAUAAUGCAUUAGUGAUGUCAGCUUUCAACAAUGAUGCUGGUUUUGUGGCUGCUUUGGAUAAGGCAUGUGGCCGCUUCAUAAAUAAUAAUGCUGUGACAAAAAUGGCUCAGUCAUCAAGUAAAUCUCCAGAACUAUUGGCGCGAUAUUGUGACUCACUUUUGAAAAAAAGCUCCAAGAAUCCAGAAGAAGCUGAACUUGAGGAUACGCUUAAUCAAGUGAUGGUGGUGUUUAAGUAUAUUGAAGACAAAGAUGUAUUCCAGAAGUUCUAUGCCAAGAUGUUAGCAAAGAGACUUGUUCAUCAGAACAGUGCUAGCGAUGAUGCAGAAGCCAGUAUGAUCUCCAAACUAAAGCAAGCCUGUGGCUUUGAGUAUACCUCUAAACUCCAGCGAAUGUUCCAGGAUAUUGGUGUGAGCAAAGACCUGAAUGAACAAUUCAAAAAACAUCUGUCUAAUUCUGAGCCACUUGACUUGGAUUUCAGUAUUCAGGUUUUGAGCUCCGGUUCUUGGCCCUUCCAGCAGUCAUGCACAUUUGCACUCCCAUCUGAGUUGGAACGCAGUUAUCAGAGAUUCACAGCAUUCUAUGCCAGUCGACACAGUGGGCGUAAAUUGACGUGGCUGUAUCAGUUGUCCAAAGGAGAGCUAGUUACAAACUGCUUUAAGAACAGAUAUACUUUACAGGCAUCCACAUUCCAGAUGGCAAUCCUACUUCAGUAUAACACAGAGGAUGCCUACACUGUUCAGCAAUUAACAGACAGCACUCAAAUCAAAAUGGACAUAUUGGUACAAGUUUUACAGAUAUUGCUGAAGUCCAAACUGCUGGUUUUGGAGGAUGAAAGUGCAAAUGUGGAUGAAAUAGAGAUGAAACCUGACACAUUAAUCAAACUGUACCUGGGGUACAAAAAUAAAAAGCUGAGAGUGAACAUUAAUGUGCCAAUGAAGACUGAACAGAAACAAGAGCAAGAGACCACACACAAAAACAUAGAAGAAGAUAGGAAGUUGUUGAUUCAGGCCGCAAUUGUGCGAAUAAUGAAGAUGAGAAAAGUUCUGAAACAUCAGCAAUUACUGGCAGAGGUACUGAACCAAUUGUCCUCCAGGUUCAAACCCAGGGUCCCAGUCAUUAAGAAAUGCAUCGACAUACUGAUAGAAAAGGAGUAUUUGGAGCGUGUGGAUGGGGAAAAGGACACAUACAGUUAUUUGGCUUAAUAUUAUAAAAGUGUCUGAAUAAAACUUCAUUCCUAAGACAUGCUGGCUUUGAAUACAGAGAAUGCUAUUAGUUUUGUGAUAAAGAUGGGAUUGUAAAAGAUUGCAUUCUUGAACUCCAUUGCAGCCAGUCUGCUGCCUGCUGGACCUCUAGUAAGAGUGGAAACCACCAGCCAGUCACAUUUACUUUACAGAACUGUUCUCAGGAUUGCUACAUUUCAAUAUGUAAAUAUCAAAAAGAAACCCCUAACCUUAAUACAGUAAAAUGAUAAAAAAGGAAUUGAAUCUUCUACAUCGGGGUUGCAUGCUACUGCCUUUCUGCAUUUAAAAACCUUACUUCAGCUAUACAUGGCCACCACUGCUCUGAAUGUAAGGGGCAGCAGGGAAAAAUAAACUAAUUUAUGAAUGCAAUGUUGGCAGCACUUUCCGAAAGCAUACUAGUGAAUUUGAACGAGCCCUUUAGAAAAAUGUGUAAUCUGCAUUAUCUGCUAUGAGAAAAACCAUUUGUAUAGUGUGGUUCAUUUUUUAAUGUGUGAUAAAUAAAAUUUAAUGAUUUCUGUAAA